CUGGCAUUUUUGGUAUCACUGACGCACGUGUGAUUAAGGGCUCCGUGUACUAAACUGAUAGUGCUGUGAUCAUCGAUUUCAGUUUCACCUUGAAAAAUCCAGACAUCUUGCAAUGGGAGGACGUAACUUGCUUGCCGGCCAGGUACAUUUUCACAUUUUUGGCUUCCACCGGACUUGCUAUUAUUUAUGGAUUGAAGGUCAAUCUAAGUGUGGCUAUUGUCGUGAUGGUCAACAGUACGGCGCUAAGCGAAAUGGCUUUGAUGCACGACAGCCACAGUGGUGAAUCGCAUUCCAAUGAAACUAUCAACCCGGAAUUCGCCUGCACCUCGCCGGAUACUGGGACUAAUCAAACGGCUCCUUCUCAAGACGGGCCAUUCCCAUGGCCAGAGCCGAUCCAAGGAUUGGUAUUAGGUGCCUAUUUCUGGGGCUACAUAGUCACUCAAAUUCCUGGCGGAAGAAUGGCCGAAAUGUUUUCUGCCAAGUGGGUCGUUUGGGCUUCUGUCUUCAUCAACGUCGUCUUCACUCUAUUGACGCCCGUGGCCGCCCAAAUUAGUUACAUCGCCGUUUUGGUCGUCCGUUUUAUCGAAGGAUUGGGCGCCGGCGUGUCUCUGCCGGCCCUUCAAGUUUUAUUGUCCAAAUGGGCGCCCCCAUCGGAGAGAAACAAAAUCUCAUCUCUGGUCUACGCCGGAAUGUCGCUGGGAACUAUUAUAGCUUUGCCUUUCUCGGGAAUUUUGGCCGAGAAAAUGGGAUGGGAAGCGGUUUUCUACGUUCAAGGAGGAUUGGCGUCUAUUUGGUGCGUUCUGUGGCUCUUUUUCGUCUACGAUUCGCCAAAAGACCAUCCGCGCCUCCAUCCGGCUGAACGAAGUCUUUUCGAAAAAUGCAUGGAGAACGGUGGUGCUAAACGGCCGAGCUUACCAGUUCCAUGGAAGUCCAUCGCUACUUCGGUUCCCUUCUGGGCCCUUUUGAUUGCUCACAUGUGCAACAAUUUCGGAUGGUACAUGCUCCUCGUUGAAUUGCCAACUUACAUGAAACACAUUCUCCGGUUCAACAUUGGUAAGAACUCUCUCCUGUCGGCCGUGCCUUACCUUUGCCUGUGGGUCUUCUCCAUCAUCUGGAGUAACUUGAUGGAUUUCGUGAAAAACAAGAAUUGGAUAUCCACCACGGCCGUUCGUAAACUGUCCACAGCUGUCGCUUCUCUGCUUCCGGCUUUGUGCUUCAUCGGCGUGAGUUUUGCCGGAUGCGACCGUACGACUGCCAUUAUCCUCAUGUCACUCGGCACCAUGUUCAUGGCCGCAAUGUAUUGCGGAAUCUUGGCCAACCCUAUUGAUUUAGCCAGCAAUUAUUCCGGAACUUUGCUGGCUUUGACCAAUACGGCCGCAACCAUUCCCGGCCUCAUCGUCCCUGUUUUCGUCGGAGCCCUAACUCACGGAAACCAAAGCGUCGGUCAGUGGCAGAUUAUCUUCUUCACGACGUCUGGCGUUUUGUUGGCUGAACUGAUCGUCUUUACGUUGUUCGGUUCGGGUGAAGAACAGCCAUGGAAUCAAGCAUAUACUUCCGGGGCUGGGGCUAAGGGCCGGCCUGGUUCUGCUGAGGCUAAACAACUCAACAAAAGAACCAUAGUGUUUAAUUGAUAGUGGAAAAAUAAAAAAUACAACAACUUUA